AUGGAAAACUUUUCUGAUUUUAUCUCGUUGAGUGUCCAAACAAAAGAAGCAAUGAAACGAUUAGAAAACGAAUACAAAGUCUUUUCGGGCAUCACCGAAUCCUCACACAUUAUUCCAAUAAAAAAAGAAACACAAAACAACAACAUUUAUUUUAAAGAAAUGGAAAAGCAUUAUGAUAUAGAAGAUGAAGUCUUCUUAAAAACUCAAAUGUUUUUUGACUCAACAAACGAACUUAGAAAAAGCCUCAACUCCAUUCUGGACUUCGUUGAGAAGUUACAAAUCGAAGCAACAAACAGAUUAAAGAAAAGUGUCUCAAAUAUGAAUGGAAUAGUCAAUAAAAUGAUUGGGAUCAAAGAAGAAAUUUUCCUUGAACAAACACAAGAUUUGCCAGAACAACGGAUGGCUUCAGUGAAAGCUGCUUUCAACAAAGAGAAGGACGAGCUUGAGAAGAUCAGGAAGACAAAUCCCGCGGCUUUCUCAACGAGAAAAAGCAGCCAAAUCGAUUCAAAUUAUCAAUUCCCAACUCAACAAAAAAACACAAACCGAUACUGGCAGGGACAAGCCAAAGACACUUCUUCCCAACCUAAGCAACUCCCACAAAAACAUUCACAACAAAGGACUUCUGAUGCUCAAUCCGAUCAAAAACAACAAAGAUCAUAUAAACCAAAGCAAGACAAGAGAACUCAAUACAGUGGCGGGCAAAAGGGCCAACAAAAUUUUGCUCUCUUCUAA